GUGUUGCCGCUGCUGGUUGUUAAGAGAAGGAAUGUGGAAGUCAGCAGAGCGGCGGGUGACAGGCUGCUCGAGCGAACUGCAGCGGCAGUGUUUGUUCCUGGCAGCAGAAGCAGAUCCUUCGCCUAUUGCUUUCUCUUCUUCGCAGAGGGAUCGGUCGCGUUGAUGUGUUGCUUUUUUAAAAACUGCUUUUCUUACCUAAAGUGAAAGGAGCUGAGACGACUCCUGUAGCGAGAACCAUGCUGCAGCAGCGGCGGCACUGCGUUUUCCUCCGGUGAAUGUCGAUCUGGAUUUUCUUCCGUUCGAGCUGAUCGUCGUUCUCAUUACUACUGGAAGCUGCCGCUUGUUCAUUCCUUUCUUCCACUGCGUGACCUCUCGCGCUCUCUUUUUGCCAGUGCUUGUUUAAAUGACUUCUCUGCAAGGGGAGAAACUGUCAAGAUGGCAGCAGCAGCCGGAGCGAGGAGGUUAUGAAUGUGGUGGUGUUGAUGCUGGAACAAAUACCUUGGCAGCCCCGUGGAGGACUUCUGGUUUCUGGACCUGUUGGAAGAUCGCCGAUUUGACUUGUUUGGCCCCUGAGCGGCUUCCUUUCUCUCUCCCACGUUGCAGAAGAGGAUUUUAAAAAACACAACAGAGCCAGGGUUUUCCUCUGUUGUUUAGAAACAUUUGCUUUUUCUUUGCACCCAUUUUUCUUGUUUUGUAUUGCUUUUCCUUCUUGGGGGGGAAGGGGAAUGCCCUCCUUGAAUGUAGCAGACGCGGCCGAAGGCGUUUUAAGACUUCAGUUCUCCAGUUAAGGUCUCUUGGUCAGCGGGAGAGAGACUCCUAAAACCGAAAAGACGGCGCCCGCCAAAGCAACAAGCAAGAGACUCGUGGCUUUAAAAAAUAAUAUAUAUAUAUUUUUAGGUGUGUGGAGAAGGGGAGGGGGAAGAGAGUGCCCGCGGGAAGUGGUCUCUUUAAUGGAUACAGUGCGAUGCUAUUGGAGCAAUCCUGCACGGGGUGAAAGAUAAACAAACACACGGGCGCGCCGCCACGGCGAUUUGCUUCCAACUCUCCCAGGUUUGGGUUUUUUUCUUCUUCUUCCAAAAUCGAUCAUACCCAGGAUCUAGAGGAAGGAAGCGCACCUGGAACCAGGUGACCACUCGAUUGUUUAUCUGUCUCCUUGCGAUUUUGUUAUUAUUAUUGUGGGGGUGGGAGAGAAGGAGAGGUGACGGGAUAAGAAGGAAGCGGCCGGACCUUUAAUGGAGAGUGGCAUGUUUGUACAACCUCGCUGAUCGCUAAUACUAGGAGGCGCAAAAGGGGGAGGAGGGACCGAGGUGUGGAUCGGGCUCCUCUUGCCUGAUAUCCCCACUAGCGGCGUAUAGGAAGGAAGAACAGCAUCAAGAGUGGGGGAGAGGCCAAGAUGGCAGAGGCGUCUCCCCCCGCCCCCUUGUCCCCCGUGGACGUGGAACUGGAUCCCGAAUUUGAGCCCCAGAGCCGCCCUCGCUCCUGUACGUGGCCCCUGCAGAGGCCUGAGCUGCAGGCGAGCCCGGCCAAGCCUGCAGGGGAAGCAGCUGCCGACGCCGCCUCCAUGAUCCCGGAGGAGGACGACGACGUUGACGACGAGGAGCAAGGGGGCAGUUCGGCCAUGACCGUCGGCGACGCCGUCCCCGGUGGAGGUGGCGAGUCGCUGACCCCAGAGGACACGGCCCGCCUGUUGGCUCCUUUCUCCGGGCUCUCCGGUGAGGGAUCUGGUCAGGGCGGCAGUGCGCUGAGCGGUGGGCAGCAGCCGCCGCCGCAGCAACAAGGGGCGACAGGAACGGCGGCGGCGCCGAGGAAAUGCUCGUCCCGGAGAAACGCGUGGGGCAACUUAUCCUACGCGGACUUGAUCACUCGCGCCAUCGAGAGCUCCCCGGAGAAGCGCCUCACCCUGUCCCAGAUCUACGAGUGGAUGGUGCGCUGCGUGCCCUACUUCAAGGAUAAGGGCGACAGCAACAGCUCGGCCGGCUGGAAGAACUCCAUCAGGCACAACUUGUCCCUUCAUAGUCGAUUCAUCAGGGUACAGAAUGAAGGAACCGGGAAAAGUUCAUGGUGGAUGAUCAACCCAGAAGGUGGGAAAGGUGGGAAAGCACCACGGAGACGUGCUGUUUCAAUGGACAACAGCAACAAGUACACAAAGAGCAGAGGACGAGCAGCAAAGAAAAAAGCAGCCCUACAAGCUGCACAGGAAACUAAUGAAGACAGCCCUUCCCAGCUCUCCAAGUGGCCAGGGAGCCCAACCUCACGCAGCAGCGAUGAGCUGGACGCAUGGACAGAUUUCCGGUCUCGUACAAAUUCAAAUGCCAGUACAAUAAGUGGCCGCUUGUCACCAAUACUGGCAAGUACUGAACUAGAUGAGGUUCAGGAUGAUGAUGCUCCACCUUCCCCCAUGCUGUACAGUAGCCCACCCAGCAUGUCCCCCUCAGUCAGUAAACCUUGUAAUGUGGAGCUGCCUAGGUUGACGGAUAUGGCAGGCACCAUGAACUUGAAUGAUGGUCUGACCGACAACCUUAUGGAUGAUCUUCUGGACAAUAUAACACUCCCCUCUUCCCAACAGUCACCCACAGGGGGACUCAUGCAAAGAAGCUCGAGUUUUCCCUAUGGCUCCAAAGGUUCAGGUCUUGGUUCUCCAUCAAGUAGCUUCAACAACGCUGUGUUUGGACCAUCAUCCCUGAAUUCCCUCCGUCAGUCUCCCAUGCAAACCAUCCAGGAGAACAAGCAAGCUACGUUUUCUUCCAUUUCUCAUUACAAUAACCAAACGCUGCAGGAUCUGCUGGCAUCGGAUUCGCAUAGCCACAGUGAUGUCAUGAUGACUCAGUCCGAUCCACUCAUGUCACAAGCUAGCACAGCUGUGUCUGUCCAUAAUGUACGCAGGAAUAUUAUGCUCCGGAAUGAUCCAAUGAUGUCAUUUGCUGCUCAACCAAGCCAGGGGAGUUUGGUCAACCAGAAUCUGCUUCACCACCAGCACCAAUCUCAGAAUUGUUCUCUCGGUGGCAGUCGUGCCUUGUCAAAUUCCAUUGGUACUAUGGGCUUAAGUGACGCAAACAGCGUUGGCUCGACAAAACACCAGCAACAGUCACCUGCCAACCAGUCUAUGCAAUCACUGUCUGACUCACUCUCAGGCUCUUCUUUGUACUCUAACAGCGUGAGCCUUCCAGUCAUGGGGCAUGAUAAAUUCCCCAGUGAUUUGGACCUGGAUAUUUUCAAUGGGAGCUUGGAAUGUGAUAUGGAGUCCAUUAUCCGCAGCGAACUAAUGGAUGCAGAUGGGUUGGAUUUUAACUUUGAUUCCCUCAUCUCAGCCCAGAAUGUUGUCACUCUGAAUGUGGGAAACUUCACUGGUGCUAAGCAAGCGUCGUCACAGAGUUGGGUUCCAGGCUGAAGGAUUUAUGCAAAGAGGGGGAAAUGGGCAAAGCAGGCCCUUCAUCUGACCCGAGACAUAAAGAAAAGAAAAAAACCCUUUGCCAAAUCAACUGUCAGCAAGGACAGAGAUACUGUUUACAGC